AGCCAAUCCCAUCCCGCUGUUUUCAAGGAGACUCGGGAGCGUUCCGUGUUGACAGCGCGGUAGCCGGUGGGUUAAACACGGUGAAAGGUCCCUCCGCGGGUCCGUUAGCUGCCCGGUCGGCCAUGAACAGCGUCGGGGAAGCCUGCACCGACCUGAAGCGGGAGUACGACCAGUGCUUCAACCGCUGGUUCGCCGAGAAGUUCCUGAAGGGGGACCGGAGCGGCGACCCGUGCACCGAGACCUUCCGGAAGUACCAGGGGUGCGUGCAGAAGGCCAUCAAGGAGAAGGACAUCCCCAUCGACGGGGUGGAGUUCAUGGGCCCCAACAAGGACAAGCCGGAGACCUGAUGUAGGGGGGGUCGGGGGGACCUGGGAUCCGGGACCCGGGACAGAGACUGUAUUGAGAUCACCGGGGGAGAGUGCGGUCAUCGGGGCCUACUGAGCAUGCGCAGAAGUAGAGACGCUGGAUGUUUGAGCCCGGAUGUGUACGUUUGUGCACAUUUACACACACAGAACUGAUCCCAGGACGUUUUUUUUUUGUAUUUUUUGUAUAACCUGCUCCUUACUGAGCAUGCGCAGAAGCAUAGGCGCUGUUGUGCCUGUGUGUAAGAUGUUUUAGCUGAUUUUGGACGGU